AUGUUCUCCUCGUCUCUCCGCGUAGCCGCGCGUCAUGCGCACCCUGCGCGCCUUCAGUCACGCUCUUUGGUCUCUACUGUACUACUCAACCGGUCGUGGGAAACUGAGUCUGUUGUCACUUUGAGGGACGAGCUCAAAAAACGCGGACUUUCCGCGAAGGGUAACAAGGCGACGCUCAUUACGCGUAUUCGGGAGUUCGAGACGGAUCAGACCAGUCCCGCAGCGCCUACGGCUGCAACUCCCGUGCAGACAAGGAGCGCCUCCACGGAAGCCAAGCCUGCUGCGUCCACUUCAACUCCUCCACCUCCGCCGGCGGCGAUCCCCACCAACACCCAAUCAUACUCUGUCGACACUCUGAAUGUGCAGCUUCCGGAUCUCUCCAAGGAGGUUGUUGAGGAGCCCGUGCAGAUUCCUCUAUAUUUCGAUUACUAUGACUCGGCUAAGCCGAAUUCAGCUUCCACCGACUCCGCGCCGACCGACAUACCCAUCCCGAAGAUUCUUGUUAUAGGCGGUGAAUCAACAAAGGAUGCGGCAUCCAACAUGGUCUCCGUGGCCGAAGACGCCAUCUCUUCGAUCUCCCCGGCCUCGGUCUCUACUUCACAACCCGCUCCCAAUAACGCUCCCGGUCUCCGCGGGCUGUAUUACGACGUUCUAGACGAUAUUGGGAUCCCGCGCACUCUCGGCUUGCCUGCUGCCAAAGAGGCGCUCGUGGAGGCUAAAUCAUCCGCACAGACCCUGGUUGCGGAUGGUGUAUCUGCAAACCUCGAUAAGGGCACUGUUCGUCCCAAGACGCGCGACUUGACCGAUGAGGAACGCAAGGGCGCUUGGGGCCUCGUCGGCAUACUCGUUGGUUCUUUCAUUGGUGCUGGCGUCUUCGGGCCCAAGCCGGUCAAGGAAGCACCCGCUUCUGAGCACCACUGA